UUCUAAUUUUACGUUGCUUUUUCUGGAAAGUCGCAGUGCUCGCAUGUCAGUUGUCAAUGCUGUAGGGCUACCUUGAGAUUGUAAUUCUUCCUGAUUACAAUCGUUUAGAAGGAGACACUUAACUUAGUGGAAUCAAUAUGCCGAAAUCAUCACGUCCGCCGUGCUAUUUGGUUAAAUAUUCAUCACCCAACUGUCAAGGUAAAGCCACGAGGAAUUCCGCAUGAAUGUAAACAUGGCCGAGGUGAGGAGCGUACGUGACGGAGCGAACAUCCCCAUGGCGUGUCAGUUAUGCAGCUCCGACGAGCGGCUCAUGGUAUGCUCAGGGUGCAGGAGAACUUGGUAUUGUUCCAAAGAGCACCAAAAGCUGGACUGGAAGUAUCACAAGAAAAACUGCAAGCGGAUGAGAGAGGAGGAGGGUGAAACCAAACACAAGCAUGGCAUCACGUUAACUCCUUCUUCGUUGGAUAUUCCGCGCUACAAAGGUGAUGGCAUCGCUCAAAAACUGUCAGCCGAGGCCAUGACCCAGAACAUGAAUAAAAUGAGCCAAAGUUUACAUGAUGAUUUAAAGCUGACAGAUGAUAAACCUAUCAAGAAGAAAAUAUCAGAAGAGUUCUACACAAAUCAGUCAAGCAGUUCAGAACGUACAGUACUGACAGAUGAGGGAAGUUCAGAGUCGUACAUUCUUCAUUCAGCCGAGUCUGCAUUAAACGAGCCUGUGUACCACAAACCCCCUGCCCAAAUCUCGUCCCACAGUCAAGAACUACGUUACACACCCUCCGUCCGAUCUUACGAAGAUGAGCCUGUGGACAACAUGCAUGCAUACCUCAGUGUUCUAGAGUCUAGAAAUGAAAUGUUAGGGGAUUACGUUGUGAAGUGUCUCCAUACUUAUGGAAUUUGUGUCAUGGACAACUUUUUAGGAGAGACAAAAGGAUUAUCUAUUCUGGCAGAGGUAAAGACACUUCACAAGAUGGAUAAAAUGACAAGCGGAGAACUUGUCAAUCGCAGUCUUGGGUCAAAUGCGCAGCGAAUCCGUGAUGAUUUGAUCACUUGGGUGGACGGACGUGAAGCAGGCUGCUCAAACAUUCAGUUUUUAAUUUCAUCCAUGGAUGCAGUGAUUUUAAAAUGCACUAAGAAACUGAAAGACUGUACCAUUAAUGGUCGUACAAAGGCUAUGGUGGCCUGUUAUCCAGGUCCUUCCUCCGGCUACCUCCGUCAUGUGGAUAAUCCAAACAAAGAUGGCCGUGCCAUCACCUGUAUUUAUUACCUCAACAAAGACUGGGACUCCAAGACAGAUGGAGGAACAUUGCACAUUUACCCUGAGAACGAGAGUCGCAUCGCUAGCAUCGAGCCAAACUUUGACCGACUUCUUUUUUUCUGGUCAGAUAGACGAAAUCCCCAUGAAGUCAUGCCAACGACCAAAACAAGAUAUGCCAUUACUGUGUGGUAUUACGAUGCUGUGGAGAGGAAACAAGCCGUGGAGAAAUUCACAGAGGGCCAGAAUCACCCUAAGCGAUAGCAGUGUAACUUGGAGUGUGGGUGUUUUGUCUGUGCUAAGCAGUAUAUCAGUCGUACUAUCCAUGUUGUUGGCUUGGUGCCUUACUGUGAUGUCAGUCCUUCUUAAAUCGAUUGCUCCGUCUUCUUUUUUUUUUGGCUUAAAUUAAUCUCCAAAACCUCUAAAUGAGGUGGUGAUUUCACACUAUAAAUUGAACACAUGCAAUUUGUCAUUUCAUCUCUACUGAAUAAGCAUAUUGCAUUUAAAAAAGUGUAGCAAGCCCUUCUUUGGGUAACAACAACUUUAUUCAGCAGUCAUUUCAUGGGAAGACUGAUUUUUAUGAAGGAAUGUUGUGGCUUGUUUGACAGUUAAAAUCACAAUCAGGUGAUGUGAAGUGUAGACAGUUUACAUGGAUGUUGUGUAAUCUCAAUCAUUGAAGUAAAUGUUGAACAAAAUGAUUGAUAUGUUGUGUGAAACGUGGACAUGCAUGUGGUGAUUUCAGGAAAUAGAGGGGACCCAAAAAAUCGAUACUUCAGAUUGAUUUGAUUAAAGGGACCCAGAAAUCUGUACUACAGGUUGAUUGAUCAGUAUUGUUGAUCUGUUGUGAUAUCGGUGUCAAAAUUAAGUAAAGUUUUUUUUUUUUUUUAACGGGUUCUUUGAUAGACAGAUUGAUUCACAUGGAAUUGUGGAAGAUCCAAGAGAUCAGAGGUCUUAGCAAAAAAGCUCAAGGAAAUUAUAAAAGAUGAUUUGUGUUAUAAAGAAAUUUUAUUUUACACAUUGAAUAUGUGCUGUUGUUUUUAUUUUUUAUUUUUGUGAAAAUGUGUAGAAGUUGUAGAUUAUAAUAUAAGAUAGAAUGUGUUGAUUGAUUCAUAUGCUACCAAAGAAUUAUCCAUAGUUGAGUGCCUAAGUACUGUAAACCAACUUUAAUUUGUGUGCAAGAUAUCUCUUCAGGUUUUGAGACAUGAUUUUACUUGCAAAUUAUCUUACUGGGAAUAAUUUAUUUUAUUUAUACAUUUAUGGAAUGUUUUGACUUCAGGUGUGAAAAUGAAUAGUUGCAGAUUAGUUUCAAACUGAAGAUUUGUGAUUAAAAAUUGUUGCAAAUAAUAGUUGGUUUAUAGUAUUUUAUGACUACAGUGAAAUAGUGUGUAAGUGUACGUUUUCAAGAUCUCAUUCUUACCAGCCUCAAUUUGAGUUUUCCAGUCUCAUUUUGAUUUCAUUUGAGGUUUUGUACAACUUCAUAUGAUGACAUCCUCUCUCUGGCUUUAAGCAGGGUUACAGAUAACCCAUGACCCACUGGUUACUACUUUUACAAUAUGUCUAUUAUACAAUGUACUUUGCAUAUGCAUGAAAUGGCCAGACUGUAGUAUAAAAUUUGAAAGCAUAUUCAACUUCACUAAAUUGUACAGUACAAUAUGUAAUGCCCAUUGAUUGCUAAUUUACAUAAGGCCAUUUUCCAUUAUCAUCUUUAUCAAUUGUGACACUAUACAUGUAUGUAAACAUUCCUAUGGUCGAAUAAGAGCAUUCAGAGUAGAGUUUUAUAAGAGAUUGGAUAUAUGAGCUUGUAUUUUUAUACACUGAUAGCAAUGUUGGAAGGUAUACUGGAAUCACUUUGACUAUCUGUCUGUCUAUAUAUAUUUUUGUCUAAGAACAUUUCUCUAUAUAUUUUCAGUAUUAUUUUUCAAACAUUCAAAAUUUCAUAGUUUUAAUAUGUGCACCUGGUUAAAUAGUCAAACGUUUUAAACAGUUGUGCC